UUAUCAUGACGUUGGUGAUACAACAUUCUUAAGUAUUAAGACAGUAUUUAGACGGAAUAUAAAACUGUUAAAAAUGAACGUCUUCAGAACGUUUGCGAGGAACAUUAGCGGGAAAGUGAAUAAAGUUGGCAUUAUUGGAGUUCCGUUUGAGAAAGGUCAGAAAAAAUAUGGAGUGAGCGUCGCGCCCGCCGCGCUCCGGACGGCGGGGCUAGUGGAACAGCUGAGGGAGAUCGAGGGCCUGGACGUGAAGGACUACGGAGACGUAGAGGUCCCAGCUCAGGGGGAGCCGGUGGACGUGGACAACAUGAAACACCUGUCCCUGGUCUCCGCCUGCAACAGGAACCUGUCGGAGAAGGUGGCCACCGUGUUGCGGGACGGACGGAUAGCCAUCACCAUAGGCGGAGACCAUUCUAUUGGAGUCGGUACCGUGGACGGCCACUACGCUGUUAACGAGGACAUGAUUCUCAUCUGGGUGGACGCGCAUGCGGACAUCAACACCAACAAGACUUCGGGCUCGGGCUCCGUACACGGCAUGCCCGUGGCUCUCCUGGUAAAGGAGCUGGCGGAUUACUGGCCAUACCUACCUACUAUGGACUGGCAGGUGCCCAAACUAUCUAUCAAGAGCCUUGGCUACGUGGGACUGAGAUCGGUGGACGCGUACGAAAGACUCGCUAUACAGAAACAUAAUGUGCCUUGUUUCACCAUGGAAGACAUUGAAGAAUACGGUAUAGGGAGGUCCAUAAAUCACAUCCUGCGCGUUUUGGACCCGUCCGCCAACAAACCCAUUCACGUCAGCUUCGACAUCGAUUCCUUGGACGCGCUCGAAGCACCCAGCACGGGCACUCCAGUGCGAGGCGGACUGACGUUGAGGGAGGCGGUGAAAUUAAUGGAGAUUAUCCACGCCACCGGCCGCCUGAGAGCCUUCGAUUUAGUCGAAAUAAACCCCGCGCUGGGCAACGACUCCGACAGGAAAAAGACCAUAGAGGCCGGAUUAUGUGUGCUCAAAGCCGCUUUGGGAUUCUCCCGCAAAGGAACGAUACCGCAAGGGUUAACAGAUUUGCCGAUACAGACUAACAACGGCAAUAAAUAAUGUAUAUUUU